AUGGCAGCGACGAAUCACGAGCUCGAGCUGCAGUACUUUCGCGAUACCCUGGAAUCUUUCGACGGGUAUGCGCAAUAUCAUCUCUCAGCGAACCACACGAGGCGUAUGAACAUGCUCACGCUGCCGAAAGACCAGCGCGCCCUGCUGACUGAGAUCGGGUACAAGGACAAGCUCGAUGCGGUCGACGAAGGGAUACGAAGGAACGCCGAGUUUCUCGACGAAAUCUACAACUCGGGAGCUUCCCCAUUCAUGGGCUCUGCGCGACCGUCAGCUCGAUCAGCGAUGACGCCUCAGAUCGUCGACGAGGAUCUGGAGACGUUUCGAGCGUCCCCAACCCUUCCCCACCAACGAGAUGGAGGUCAUAGUCACUCCCAUAGCACCCCGCACUCGCACUCUCAUGCGCACAAUCAUGGUGCUGCCUCUACACCGCAGCUCAUCUCGACCAACCCACCUACGACCACCACCCUCAAUGCCAAACAGCGGAGUACGUUGAGGCAGAUGAUCAGGGACUGGAGUGAGGCGGGGGCAGCGGAGCGGGAAAAGACGUACAAGCCAUGUCUCGACGCGGUGGAAGAACAUUUCAGCCAUAUCCCAGAAGAAGACCGGUUAGUCUACCUAGCGGUGCAGUCUUCACUCGCCGGACUGAGAUAUUUGUGGCGCCACAGGUCGAGCGUCAAGGUCCUAGUCCCCGGAGCUGGCUUGGGUCGAAUGGCUCUUGAAUUUGCUCAGAGAGGCUUCGCCGCUCAAGGCAACGAAUUUAGCGCUCAUAUGCUGAUCAUGUCAAACUGGGUGUUGAACGAGAGCUCGCAGAUUGGCCAAUACCAAAUCUUCCCCAACCUUCAUUCGUUUUCGAAUCACCUUACGACACACGAACAUCUUCUUCGGUCGUAUCUCGUACCGGACGUACUUCCCGGUCAACUCUUGGGACCCAACUCCGACUUUAGCUUUGUCGCCGGUGACUUCGAGGAAGUCUACGGAGGACGAUCGGAUGACGGUAGUUGGGUUGAUAUCCCGGCGGAUCAAGCCGGCCAAUGGGGAGCGGUCGUGACCUGCUUUUUCCUGGAUACCGCGAGAAACAUUAUCAACUACCUCAAAAUCAUCAAGGGGCUCUUGCGACCCGAUGGAGUCUGGGUCAACGUGGGGCCUCUGUUGUGGCAUUGGGAGAACGUGCAGGACAAGGAGAGGGGCGAGGGCAGCAUCGAACUCAGUCUGGACGAAGUCAAAGAUCUAGCUCGCAAGAUGGGUUUCGAGAUCAACAACGAGAGGCUAGACCGGGCGACAUAUACGGGAGAUCCAGACACUAUGCUGCGAUCAGAAUACCAGGUAAGCUCGAACUGGACAAUUCUUUACUUCUUAUAG